UAGUUGUUUAAUUUUUAUAAAAUUCAACGUGACAGAAUGUCUGACAUGUAGAUAAAUUUUUUUUAAAGUAUUUAUUGAAGGUCAAACUUUCAUUAGUUAUAGAAGUUUUGUGGAUUCUUAGAAAUCCAUUUCGAAAUAAACAUACGGGCAAUAUAGUAUCUUAUAUUAAAAUUGCGUUAACAGUAAAGAGAAAAAUUAAAUAGGACAUCAAAUAAUGAAAUACGCAGAAUGAAAAGUAUUACUUGAUAAAUGUAUCAUAAAUGAUUCAUGUGUCAAAAUGUUUUUAUUUGUCGUAAGUGACAGCGCGAUGAGAAACAUUAAUUUAAUGUUAAAAAGUUCGAUUUAUUUCUUAAUACGUUCUCGGAUUUCCUUCAUUAUCAGAAUUUAACGUACGUGGAAUAAAACAGGUACUUGAUAGUAUCAAAUAAAAUAAUUUUGGUAGAAAUAAUUGGAGGUUAGGUUAUGACAAAAAAUGACAAUUGAUCUAUCGACAGUACCACUUGUUGCUUUGUCCAUCGAAAGUAAAUAUGCUAUUUCGUCAUUAUUAAAUCCUCCGAAAAUUUUACCUUCUGAAAAUGGAUUACCUAGAGAUUGGCGAGGUCUUGCACAUUUUUGCAAAUUAAGCGGAGAAAUAAUGCCAUUAUUAACAUCACAUCCAGAUCCAACUACUUAUAUUUUAACAACUUGGCAACAGAAAGAGAAAGAUGUUACACUUAAAGAUUUGCAAAUUGCUUUGGAAGAAAUCGAAAGAUGGGAUAUCUUAGAUGAUACAUCAAAACUUUUUGAGGGAGAUGGUGAAAAAUAUUUAGAACAAUUGCAAAAGUCUCAGACAUCAGCUGAAAUAAUCUCAAAUGACAUUGAUGAAAAAGUUCUUACUGUAGAUGAUCUUCAUAGACUAAGACAAGGCUUGGAAAAUCAGUAUUAUGAUGCGUUUUUAUUGUAUGCUGAUGAAGAUGUUAAUUGGGCCACUGAAAUGUUGAACAAAUUGGAAAAUAAAUAUAACUUGAAGCUUUGUGUAAAAGAUCGUGAUUUAAUUGCUGGAGUCACAUUUGAACAUGAAGCUAUAAUGACUCUAAUAUCAGAACGUUGUAACAGACUGAUUGUUAUAAUAUCAUCCAAUUUUCUGAAAAGCCCAGCAAAUAAAUUCUUUUUGAAUUAUGCUCAAGCAUUGGGUAUCGACAAACAACAAAGGAAGAUCAUACCAUGUUUGUAUGAAAUAUGCAAAUUGCCACCACAGCUAAGAUACAUGUUUGUAUUAGAUUAUAAUAGAAUUGGUUUGUACGAUUUCUGGGAAAAAUUAAAAGACUCUGUACAAGUUGCAAAUAAAGUAAAAGGAAAUGCUAAUGCUCUUCUUGCAAAAGAUAUAAAUAAUGAAAUUGAAGUAGAUAUUAAACAUGUAGAGUCUUUAGAAGUACAAACGCUUGAAUUACAAAAUAGUAAAGAAACAUUUAAUAUAAAGAAUUCAAAUCCUCCUGAAUUUAAUAAUGUAUACAAAGAUAACAAAAAGUACAAUCAAUUUUUACAAUGGACAAAAAAGAAACUGUCCAUAAAAGGAGAAAAUAAUAAAAAAGAAGAUGGAACAAUCACAGAGACAAUUAGUUUACCAUCUAUUGAAGAUUUAGAUCUAUUGAGUACAUCCACAGAAUCAAUAGAAAAAAGGAGUAAAAUAAAAUUUAUAGAUAAAUAUGUAAAAAAGGCGCAUUUGAAAAAAAUACUUGUUAAGUCAUAAAAAAGAUAUUAAUUGUUGAUA